AUGAUUGAGGAAAACACAGAUGUUUCCAUACAUCAUUCCAUAAUACAAAGUGGAACCGUUUAUAUAGCCAUGUGCUACACUCCUCGUGGGCGCCAACCAGUGUGCGCCUCUUUAACGGUAAAUGAACCGAUUGGAUUUGGAUCUUUUGGACGAGUCUAUAAGGCAAGGAUAAAUCAAUUGAAUCGUGUGGUGGCCCUUAAACAGGUGCUCCAAAAACCAUGCCAAAUGGAAGAUGAGGUGGAUAUAAUGUGCGACAUUGAGGAGCAUUGUAACAUUGUGCGUCUGCUGAUGUAUUUUCAUGCCCAGUUGGGGAAUCCCCCACAAAAGCAUUUACUUAUGGCAUUGGAGUACAUGCCAAUGACUUUGUUGGAUUAUCUAGAGCAGCAUGGACAGGGAUCUGUACCGUUGGUUUAUGUGCGCAUCCUCUCAUAUCAAUUGUUCCGGGGAUUAGCUUUUCUUCACUCGCUUCACAUAUGCCACCAAGAUAUAAAACCCGAUAAUAUGCUCAUGGAUCCGUCAACGAUGAAUCUCAAAUUAGGUGACUUUGGUAGCUCUAGAUUUGUCGGCUCAAAAGUCUUUAGUCCCUGUGCCUGUCCGCGUCCAUAUCGUGCACCGGAAUUGCUAGCCAAUUGUAGUUCCUAUAGCACAUCUGUGGAUAUCUGGAGUGCCAGCUGUGUGCUGGCGGAAAUGCUCAAAGGAUCACUGCUCUUUGACCACAUGGAAGAUGAUCAGAAGCAGAUGCUGCAGAUCGUCUGCAUGUUGGGCACGUCUGGACUGGAGAGUGCGAAAUACCUGAUGGACGCCACUGGAAUAACUCUAGUGGAAAUCGGGACAAGCACCGAUUGGAAAUUACUAUUGGGUGUCGAUCUACCACCCGACUUGGAAGAUCUCCUUAAUUCCUGCCUCGCCUAUCAUCCAGACAAUCGUAUUCCUCCACUUUAUGCUUGUGCCCAUGCCAGUUAUGAUGAACUGCGCAUCAUGGUUGCAAUGAAAAGCCGAAUGCCAAAUGGAGCACAUCUUCCGCCUCUCUUCAAUUUUAGUGAGCAAGAACUGAAUGUGGAUGCAAACUUGCGGCUACAACUAUUACCGGUUUAUAUGGAUGGAAGGGAGUCUUAA